AUGGAGGAGGAGAGGCAAACCAUAUACAAGAUAUCAAGGACGAUAAAACGCAGAGAGAGCAGCCUCUACAAUGCCUUACGCUCCAUCUAUCAAGACUCCAUUUUUGUCGGAGAAAUUUCUCAGUUGUGGCCGGACCUGCCUCUGCUCGCCAACCUCCGAUGUGGCCUUUGGCAUAGGGCAAGAGUUGACUGCAAGUAUUCUUCAGAUAUUGAGUCAGCCACCUCGAAUGCACACGACAGUCGUGAACAAUUCCUGUCUGAUUGGGAUUGUUCUUUGCAUCUUCCCCUCUGGGUGUCAGAAUCUGAGAAAGCUAUGAUUGAAAAGCGAUUAGAAGGUUGGACAAAGGAACUAGAGGCCAGUGGAGCUGAUAUUGCUUCCCUAGCAUUAUCUUUAAGAAAACCUCUUAGACCUUUAUGGAUUUCACAAAGAACUGUUAUCUGGUUGAACGAAGUACCUGAGUACGAUUCAUGGGAUUUCACACCCAUCAUACUCGUCUCGGCAUCAUCUUCAGAUGGCACUUUUCAGCAUCGGACCACCUCUGAGUUUAGCUGGAACUAUAUUGCCGGAGCUGGGGAUGAUGAGGAAAGUUGGGCUAGAGGUUUAUCGCCCCAUCUUUUCUGGAAGCAUGCAUAUGAUAUUAUAAGCUCAGGUCCUGAGUUGUGUAAUCAAAAGACUGCGAAUAUUGUGGAAAAGGACCGAGUUAGCCGUGCACGAAGAGGAGAAAAUGCUCCACAGGUGUCUGUUAAGCCUUCAAAAAUCCCGGGAAACACAAUUUCGUAUCAAUUUGGAGACCCGUUAGUGUUUGAUGAUGAAUUUGUCGCUGAAGGCGAUAAGAGAAGUGAUGAUUGCUGCAUGUACUUUUUGGGGUCAACUGGUAUUGCAGUCGGCAAAUCUCGACUUGCCAUAGAAACCCCCCCUGCCUUCUGCAUAUUAAAUUGUGAUAGGGAGUCGUUGCCUGUCUCACUGGAAAACCUCGAAAUGUACAUGCAUCUACCAAUUGUGGUAUGUAUGACAUAUUAUAUAAGCAUUUGCGUUAGUUUGGCAAUUCUGACGUCACUUUAUGAUGAAGCAGGACACUUUGAUGAGGGAAGAUCCUUCAAUGAGACACAAAUCACCAAGAUGGAGUUGCGUAGACGUCUACUGUCGAGUGCUGCCUCUGAGCCCGUCGACCAACGUCUGCACGCCUCGACCAACCUGCAACAUGGGCUAUCAAGCGACCGUCGCAGUAGUGCACAUAGUGUUCAUUACCAGUCACACAUGCCUGUGCUAAUGGCCAUGCCCAAAUUCCUGUCGUUCGCCACCAGGCUGUAG